AUGAAACUAUUAGCGGUGGUUCUCGUCUGUUUGCUCGCUCUCGUCAAUGCUCAAUUCGGCUUCGGUAACAUGGGCAUGUAUGGUAGAGGGAACAUGUACGGUGGAAUGAAUCGCGGUGGAUGGGGAGGUGGACAGCAAUACUAUGGGCGACAACAAUAUUAUGGGGGACGCGGUGGAUUCGGCGGAAUGGGAAGGGGAGGAUUCGGAUUCGGAAAA